CAGGGAGCGGGGUAGUCAGUGUGUAAGAGCAGGGCCGGCCGGCUGCAGACCCGUCACACAGCGGCAGCGAGCCCUGUACCGCCCGUCCAUCUACCUCCCAGCCGCACUGCUGCUCACAGCCGAGGGAGUCGCCACGGUAGGCGGCGGCGGGAUUUCUCGGUCACCUGUCCGCCGUGCAGGAGUUUCAGCGUCUCCUGAGAGCAGCGGCAUCCCCCCCACAAGAUGCACACUACCCAGAAAGAUACCACCUACACCAAGAUCUUCGUCGGAGGGCUGCCCUACCACACGACGGACUCCAGCCUCAGGAAGUACUUUGAGGUGUUCGGAGACAUAGAGGAGGCGGUGGUUAUCACGGACAGGCAGACCGGCAAGUCCAGAGGCUAUGGCUUUGUCACCAUGUCUGACAGAGCCGCAGCGGAAAGAGCCUGUAAAGACCCCAAUCCUAUCAUUGAUGGGAGGAAAGCCAAUGUGAAUCUCGCGUACCUGGGAGCCAAGCCCCGGAUCAUGCAGCCAGGUUUUGCAUUUGGGGUCCAGCAGAUUCACCCAGCACUUAUACAAAGGCCUUUUGGGAUUCCUGCACAUUAUGUAUACCCUCAUGCUUUUAUGCAGCCAGGAGUUGUAAUCCCACACGUCCAACCCACAACCGCCACUGCUGCUGCAUCUACAAGUCCAUACAUCGACUACACUGGAGCCGCCUACGCCCAAUACUCCGCUGCCGCCGCCGCUGCUGCUGCCGCCUAUGAUCAAUACCCAUAUGCAGCCUCACCAGCUGCCACCGGAUACAUCACUGCAGGUUACGGCUACGCAGUUCAGCCGCCGCUCACUGCUGCAGCCCCAGGAACUGCUGCAGCCGCUGCGGCGGCUUUUGGCCAGUACCAACCACAACAGCUGCAGGCUGACCGCAUGCAGUAGCACUUAGACUUUUGAAGAAGAUCUCAAUCAUAUCUAUCUAUAUUUUUCUUAUUUUCUGCCUUCCAGUUUCUAAGUGAGACCAUAUCAAAUUAGGCUAAGUGGCUUUAAGGAGAAACAAACUGCUUUUUGGACAGAGAAAAUGGUUGCAACUUCUUUUUGUAGUAGGCAUCCAAGUUGUAUUAGGAGAUCAUGGAAGGUGCGUUUCAGGCAUAUUCAGUAACUCCUUUUUGAUUAAGUUAAUAUUUUUUCCUUGAGAAAAUAAGUCAUGAUUCAUAUACUAUACAGAAUUUAUUUUUACAUCAGGGAAAGAAACUGCCUUUUACUAAUCUGAGAGAACUUUAUUUUUUUCUUUUCCUUCCUUUUACGAUGCGUUUAAUCCAGGGAAAUACCAAACAGCAAAAUGUAGCCUGUACAAAGUGAAAACGCUCAAAGCACAAGCUGACCUAUCGCGCUGUGCACGGGCGAGAGACCUGCGUUUCGCAUCGACGUGUUGGAGGCUCAAGGCCUACCGGUCACAUGACGGAUGGGCACCAAAGCGAUUUUCUCAACUGUCCUCUCUCUAUAAGUGGAACUAUGGAGCAAGCGAUGUGGAAUUAACGGCCACAACAGCUGUACAGACAAUCAAUACCACAGAGCGUUCUGGAGAGAACACAUCACUUGUGCUUAUCUGAUGAGCUUGUCACAUUCUAAUCCCUCUCCCCAUCCUGUUUCGCUUUUGGGAAACUCUUAACUGCUGGUGUCAGCUAUUCUGAUUCUGAAAUGGGAUCAGCCCCCUUUACCACCACCAGUCUUGUAUUUUAUGACACCUAUUCAUAGCUUGUGAAUGACAACAGGGAGAUACUUGCAGAGGUUAACCCUUUAAGACUUUUUUUUUUUUUUUUAUCGCAAAGAAGACACAUGGUCCCUUAUGGAUCGUAAGGGACCACUGAAAGUAUUUAAGUAAAAAAAAAAGUAUUUAUCAGUCGGUUUAUACAACUUUUUUUUUUUUUUUUUUUCCUUGGCGGUUCUUUAAGGGUUAACCACGACGACUUGUACUGUGCCUUAACUGUAAUGUUCAUUGAAAGAAGAAAGCGUAUUUAUUUAUUUUGAUAGUUUUACUAUGGCGCCCUCUAAAGAAGGGAACUUUAGGUGCGGCAGAGAAAUGAUGUAUUCAUCUCAUGGUAUAAAUUAUUUAAGUAAGUUUAGAUGUAGUAAAUAUUAAUCUAUUCAACUGAAAUGUUGACUUGGAUUUAUUUAAUUCUGAAUGUGCACUGUGUAAGACUAUCCCUACUUUAACACUUUAGGAUUUUACAUGACAAGUAGUAGACUUGCUCUUUUCUUUUUCCUCCCUUUCUUUAAAAUGAAGACCUCUUCAAGCAGUAUAUUAUACAUUUCAUUUGUAUGUAGAAGAUGGUCCUUUUUUUUUUUUUUUUCCCCUUCCCCCUUUUCCUCUUUACUAGAAGAAAAAGUGCUGCUUUAUAUGAAGACUUGUAAAACUGCAAUACUUGGCAAUUUUUAUUCUCAACUUAAACAUGGAUAUUUUACACUGUAAUGGGUUUUUAUACUUGAACAAUUUCAUACAAGGGAAGAAAAGACAGCAUCAUUUUUAUGGACAUUUGUCUAAAUGUCACUGGAUUUCUUUUUAGGUAUUCAGAAUACUCGCCAGUGUUACGUAAUUGUAGACAAGAAUCUUCAAGCAUUAUUAUUUAUUCAUUGUUACUUUAUAACAGUUAAGACCUAUUAAUUUCACUUGUAUUAAAUACAAUAAAAAUAUCUUAUUGCAUUGU